AUGGAUAUCAAAACUUUUGUGAACGAGCUGCCCAAAUGCGAGCUGCACCUUCAUAUAGAGGGCACGCUAACGGCUGAACGGCGCUGGUUAUGUGCGCAAGCAAAUGGAAUUGCCAUUCCUGGGGUGAAGUCUUUAGAAGAGCUUAAAAGUCAAUACUUAACCGAAUAUCUCUAUGAGGAGGGUCAAGAUGCCACCAGAUACUUGCAGGAGUUUUUGGAGGUGUACUAUGCCUCCAUGAAUGUGCUGCUUACAGAGGACGAUUUCUACCAUUUGGCUUUGGACUACAUCAAAGUUGCCCAGUCUCAGAAUAUCAGAUAUUUAGAAGCAUUUUUUGACCCCCAGGCUCAUACUUCCCGGGGAGUUAGUUUUGACACCGUGAUGAGUGGUCUUCUGAAAGCUCAAAAAAUGGCUCCAAUGUACGGUGUCCAGAUUCAUUGGAUAAUGUGCAUUCUGAGAGACAUGUCAGCAGAAAGUGCUCUUGAGACGAUCCGCCAAGCAGAACCUUACAAAGACAAAAUCAUAGCACUGGGUCUGGAUUCCGAUGAGUACAACAAUCCGCCAAGUAAAUUUCAGGAAACGUUCUUGAUGGCACGUAAAUAUGAGUGGAAGAUUACUGCUCAUUGCGACGUUGCUACUCAUGAAAUUGACAACCCGGAGCAUUAUUUACUUCCCCAACUUGAGAGUGGCGCAGAUAGAAUAGACCAUGGAUUGAAUGCUGCUGACAAGCCCGAAUUGUUGGAGCUCGUGAAAAAAGCCAAUAUAGGACUCACACUAUGUCCUAUGGGCUACCAAAAACAUUUGGGACCUCAAAAUGUAUUCCCGAAAGUUACCAGGCUACAUCGCUAUGGAAUUCCGAUCACGUUGAAUAGUGAUGACCCCGCAUAUCUUGUUUACUCCAAGACGGGAACAAUAUUAGGUGUUGCGGAAGGGUGCCAUUUCACAUUCAAGGAUAUCUACGAAUUUGAAAAAAAUGCUAUAAGAAUGGCUUGGACGCCUGACGUCGAGUUCAAAGAAAGCUUUCUUCUCGAACUAGAUCGCGUAUAUUCGAAGUAUUGUACGCAUAACUAAAAGCUAUAACGGAAAUGUUUAUUUUGCACGUCUGUUAGAUCGUGUUCAUCAACUUCUUCCCCCACUCGAAUUAGCUCUUCAAUGGUUAGCGGAACGCCGCUCUCCGAUUCAUGGUUUCGGUCUCUCCUCUUGUUCUCCAAAAAACACAAAAUCGCAUACGUACUCACGCAGAAAAACAUGAUCACACAUGCAGCCAACAUAGCUUUGAUUCCUGUAUGAUAUGUUGGAGACUCAGAAUCAAUAAAGAACUGGGGACCUAUAAGAUUUCCGAGAGCAUAGAACAGACCCACACUGAUAGAGUUGAAAGAUUUCUUGGAGCUGCCGCUAUUAUUCGAUGCGAUAAGCGACAAUGUCAGCACAUAUGGAGCAUUGUAGAAACCACAAAUAUACACUGCCGCAAGGCAAGUCUUUCUGUGCUCUUCUGGAGAGACUUUCCAGACCAUAAUGAUGCCAGCCAUCGUGACGCCCGUUGUUAUGCAAAUAAGAAUGGUUCUGAUAUUCUUCACAAAGUAACAAAUAAAUGCCACUGUAAGACAGGCUCCCAUGGCCACGGCUGCUUGAGGCGUGGCAAGAAGCAUGGUUUUGUAGUUUGAAUACCCAAAUCCUUUGAUGAUAAAGGUGUUGAAAUUGGUAAUUCCGGCAUUGAUAAAGUUCUGCACAAUGAUGAACACCACCAGUAGCCAGUACUUAGGGUCCCGAACAGAUUCCAAAAUCUGCGACCACUUGAUUUCUCCCAGAUUCAGAUGAAUACCGGUUUGAUUGGUUGCUGUCCGGGCAAUUGCGCAUUGGCGUUCUCUCUUUGAAAGAAACCAUGCAGUUUCAAUCUUGGAAGGGAGAAUAAAGUAAUAGCAGGCCCCAAAGACGACAGUGACGGCACCAUAAACUAGAAAAAUGUAUUGCCAGAUCGCCAGCGGGCCUCCCCAGUGACCUAUUCCAUAACCGAAGAUACCGUUGAACACACCGGCAAACGUGUUGGACCACAAAGCCAUUCUAAUAGGCUGUUCCUUCUUUGUAUACCAAGUAGUUGAAAUCACAAUGCAAGAAGGCUGGAUUGCGGCCUCAAGAAUCCCCAGAAACAAACGGAUAAUCGCUAGACCUGCAAAGUUAUGGCAUGCAGACAUACACAUUAGCAGUGCUCCCCAAAUCAUCAUGACUAUACACAUGAAACGGCCUAAGUUAUGGAUCCUGGGUAGCAAGAAAAACACUGGUAUUUCCGCAAACAGAUACCCUAGGUAGAAUAUUGUUGCUAGCCAACUGUAUUCUUGUCCUUUCAAGUUGUUAUCAGUUUUCAGACCAUAGAUCGCAGCAUAAGAAAGAGAAUUCUUGUCUAGAAGCUGUAAGAACACCGUGCAAACAAGAAAUGGUAGCACAAUAAGAUCAAUCUUGGUCACCACACGUUUGUUGAGCUUCAGCUCCUCAGCAAGCAUCUCUGGAGAGUUGUCAUAACUGUCGUUAUUUUCCAGAAUGGACUCGGUGUGAACAUCCU